AUGCCUCGACACCGACCGGCGGCCUCCGGGUAUGCUCGACUUGCGCAGGCAGACGAAGAGGAAAGGUCACAAGGGAUCUUGGACGAUUCAGAAGAUGAAGACGCUUUUCAGCACCCAUUGACCCUCUCUUCCCCCGGUACACGAUAUGCCCCUAUUCAACCUUCCUCCCACCAGUCGAUGAGAGCGCCUGGGAAUGGCUCCCCGGACGGCCACCGAAAGCGUCCUUCGAAAAGAACACGCAGCAAUUCAGGCGUCGACAUCAAGGCUAUCAACGCGCGAUUGGAGAGAUGGGCUGAAGAGAUUGCAUCGAAGUUCAAGAUCAACAAGGUUAAAGGCAAGUCGCCACAAGAAGAGAAACUCGAAAUCUAUCAUUCCGUCUUCCAACCUCCCGACUGGAUCAGGCCUUUGACCUCGGAGGACCUUGUCUCCGAACCCGAACCUGAGAGUGAUAAAUGCAUGACCAAGGCCCAAUUUGAUGAUAUUGUGGAGAGCGUCAGAGUCGCGAUCGAAAUCGGCGUUCACCCCAAGAUGAUAGCCCAGGGCAGUUCAGGCAGCUACUUUGCGCGCAGCAGUGAUGGCAAGGUUGUUGGCGUCUUUAAGCCUAAGGACGAGGAACCGUAUGCCUCGCGGAAUCCCAAGUGGACCAAAUGGUUCCAUCGCAACCUUUUUCCCUUCUUUUUCGGACGAGCAUGUCUGAUUCCCAACUUGUCCUAUGUUUCCGAGGCAGCAGCCUACGUGCUUGACAAUCGGCUAAGAACGAACCUCGUACCCUACACCGAUAUCGUCUGGCUUUCUUCGAAAUCGUUCUUUUACGACUUUUGGGAUCGUCGCAGUUAUUGGCGAGGCAAGAAGAAGCUACCUGCAAAGCAAGGUAGUUUCCAAGUAUUUCUCAAGGGCUACAAAGACGCCAAUAUCUUCCUGCGAGAGCAUCCCUGGCCAGACCAGAACAACACGAAUUUUCGUGCUGAAGAUGCUCCGCGACAUAAGAAAAGACGAUGGUUGGAUUGUAGAAUAUCCGGUUCUCAGUCCGACGACGACGACGAGGAUGGCCACGCCAUGUCUCCUCCAGAGCAGGACGACCCCCAAAACAAGCAAUUUCGUUGGACUGAUAACAUAAAGCAGUCUUUCCGCGAAGAACUCGAAAAGUUGGUGAUAUUGGAUUACAUCAUGCGAAACACAGAUCGAGGCCUAGACAAUUGGAUGAUCAAAAUUGAUUGGCAUACAGAGAAAGUUUCCGUUGUCUCUGAGCCACCCAAACUUGAGGAAUCCACUGAAGGACUUGACCAUCCUGCUCAACCUACCUCAAAGGAAGCUGCACCAUACCGAAGACAAGAAGCCAUGGCCGCCGUGAGCAGGACGGGUACGCCUCCGAAUGCCAGUGACACCAAGCCUCCAUCCGUUUCCAUAGGCGCUAUUGACAAUAGUUUAUCAUGGCCUUGGAAACACCCUGAUGCUUGGCGAUCUUUCCCUUUUGGAUGGUUAUUCUUACCUGUCUCCCUCAUCGGUCAGCCCUUUUCGAGGAAGACUCGAGAUCAUUUCCUACCUCUCCUGACAUCCACUGUUUGGUGGAGCGAAACGCAACUGGCCCUUAGAAGAGUCUUUAGUCAAGACUCUGAUUUCAAAGAGGGCAUGUUUGCGCGUCAGAUCGCUGUGAUGAAAGGUCAAGCUUGGAAUGUCGUCGAAACGCUAAAGCAAGCCGAUCACGGACCGCUAGAGCUUACACGAAGGACCAGAGUCUGUGUCUGGGACGAUCUUGUAGACAUCCCUGUCGCUAUUCCAUUGCGCGUUCCGAGUGCAGAAAUGAAACGCCGUCGAGAUGUCGAAACAAGGCAGGAGGAGGAAAUGGACAUUGGCGCGGCCUAUGCUUCGGCACCGGCUCCAGCACACGAUCUUUUGGGUAUGGGAUCUCCCACUACUGACUUGCCCAACCCCAACCGCUUUGAACUGUUCCGGGAUCAGUCUUCUGCGGAUCUAGGGCGCAUCCAUGAAGAGCCGAGCAGCCCUGCAACGAUCGGUGAUCUGAGCCAGCUCCGCCAAGACAUGGGAGACCGGACAAGACAAGAUCUAUCAAAUAGUCUCACAUUACCCUCACGGCCGGCAAACCAUCCAAGAUCGAGGACGCGAUCGAGUCUGGACUACUUCCGGUCUUUCAGUCGCACCAACAGUGGAAGAAAUCCCAACCUCAACCGUAGAAGGGCGAGCAGUCCGUUCUUGUAUGAUCGAGAUGAUUUGGAAGGCGAUCUGGGAUACGCGGCAGCGGAAGGCAUGGAAGGGAACGAAAAGAAAGUUAUUGUCGAGCGAUUGGAAACCGUCAAGAGCAGCAAUCCUCAUUCGCCAGAGGUGCUCGUUCGAGAAUAUGGCUCCAAAGGCAAUCAAGUCCCCUCACAACGCGCAACAUCCAAACUGGCAGACUCAAACCAGAUAUCCAUCCAGCCAACCGUAGAAAAUGUUGAAGAGGUAUUGUCUAAAUCGAGAUCUUCCACUCAUCCGCCAAAUCUGGUUCCUCUCUGUGCUACUAUCCCAGCCGACCUUUUGACACCAACCCCAGCAUAUCUAAAGAUCUCAGCAGAAUCAAAGCUAUCCUUCCUGUACGAGUCCGUAGCUACUACAGGCACUAUUGGUCGGUAUAGUUUGGUGGGAGCCGAUCCUUUGAAAGUACUCAAAACCGGUCCUGCUCAUCGACCCUCAGAAGAUCCACUUCAUCUGCUCCAGAAGGAAUUAUCAGGCUUUCGCGUUGUAACUGUUCCAGGCUUAGCCCUCCCUCCUCUGACCGGCGGCGUGAUAGGCUAUGUCGGAUAUGAUUGCGUGAGAUACUUCGAGCCCAAGACUCCCCGGCCGAUGCGAGAUGUGCUAGGUUUGCCGGAGAGCCUGUUCAUGUUGUUCGACACCAUCGUUGCAUUUGACCAUUUCUUCAACGUCUACAAGAUUAUCACGUAUCUGAGGGUGCCUGAGGAAUUCACAUCUUCUUCAUUGGCGCUGGCUUAUCGGUUGGCAUCAGAGUCUAUUCAAAAAGUUAUAUUGACCAUUUCCGACCGUCACACGCCCCUCCCGCAUCAGCCGGCCAUCAGACAGAAUCAACAGUUGACCUCAAACAUUGGCCAGUCUGGCUACUCGGCACAUAUGAUGCGGUUAAAGAAGCAUAUUACCAAAGGGGACAUCAUCCAGGCUGAUCCUUCACACCGAAUAGCACAUCCAACAACCUUGCAUCCAUUUAAUAUCUAUCGACACCUCCGUACCGUAAAUCCAAGCCCCUAUCUCUUUUACAUUGAUUGUGCCGACUUCAGCAUCAUCGCAGGAACGGUAAAAAGACGACUCGACCCCGAGCACGAUGAAAAGCUGGCAGAUGAAUUACGCAACUCGGUCAAGGAUCGCGCCGAGCAUGUCAUGCUGGUUGAUCUGGCCAGGAAUGACGUCAACAGGGUCUCCGGCGUCCCCCGAGAAGGUCAGACCCGCUGGGACGCAUUUCGAUCUAUAUUUCCCACCGGCACUAGAAGUGGGUGUGCAGGAGCUAUUGGGUAUGGUUUCUCAAGAGUUUCGCUAGACGGGGCAAAGGAGGAUGAAGGGGCUAUGGGAGCUAUAUACUGGGCCACACCACCUCUUCACCGAACGACCAAACGCAAUUCAAUCUCACCCUCUCCUCGUCGUCAUACCAUCGCUGGCUUGAGUGAAGGCGCCACUGCAUCAGUCGCGCCUGCUGUCCGCACCGACCUUGCUGAUUCGUCGCAACCCAGCGGUUAUCGCCAGAGAGUUACAUCCAUCGUAGACACCUCUCGGCCACCGCGGCACUAUGUCGAAAGUCGUGAGGAGUGUAAAAAAUGUAACCAAGGGGUACUCGGCCGUGCAAGUGAAGCAACGAGCAAUGACCCAUGGGGUCCCACCGGCACCGAUAUGAGCGAGAUCGCCGCUCUGACCUUCAACAAUCCGAGCGAUUUCUACGAGAUUAUGGAUAUGCUCGACAAGCGAUUGAAUGACAAAGGAAAGAACUGGCGCCAUGUCCUGAAGUCCUUGAAGGUGCUGGACUACUGUCUACACGAAGGGUCGGAGCUUGUUGUCACCUGGGCACGCAAGAAUGUCUACAUCAUCAAGACGUUGCGCGAAUUCCAAUAUGUUGACGAAGAGGGUAGAGAUGUCGGACAAAAUGUUCGUGUUUCUGCGAAAGAGCUCACUUCCCUUAUCCUAGACGAAGAUCGGCUUCGAAGCGAACGCUCAGACCGCAAGCUUUGGAAGUCUCGCGUUAGCGGCAUAGACGAAUACGGACCAUCAGCAAUUGCAGGGCCGCCAGUUGACCGCCAACAGAAUAAUAGGCGCAAAAAUCCAAGGACAGACGAGGAGGAUGCCGAGUAUCGCCUGGCAAUUGAGGCAAGCAAACAUGAGGCCGAGGAGGAGAAAAAGCGAAGAGACAAGAACAAGAGCGCAGAUGACGAUGAUGACCUAGCAAAGGCUAUUAAGCUUAGCAAGGAAGAGGAAGAGCUGAGAAGGCGGGAAUUGGAAGAUCAGAAUGCAGCCUCCUUGUUUGACGAUACGCCUGCCCCAGCACAACCUCAACCCACUGGCUGGAAUCAAGGAUAUCAACAACAGGGUGCUGUAGAUUGGUUUGGAAAUCCUAUCCAGCAACCAUUGAGCACAGGGUUCUUGAACAAUCAGUACUCCCAACAACCACAGCAGACAGGCUAUCAAAACGGAUACACCAACGGCUUUGGGCAACAACCAACGGGGUUCGAUCAAUUUCAGCAGCAGCAGCAGCAGCAGCCUAGUUUCCUGCAACAACAGCCGACUAUGCAGCCUCAGCAGACAGCGUUUAGCAACAACCCGUAUGGUCAGCAACAACAGCAACAGACAGGUGACGUCUUCGGCCAGCAGACCCCGCAGCAAUCCUUCCCCCAAGCGGGUAGUCACAAUCCAUGGGCGACGAACAAUCAACAGCAGGCUGACAGUCUCAAGCCGAUGCCAACUGGUUCUAACAAUCCUUUCGCUCAGCGGCCUCAGCCCGUCCAGCAGAAGACAAGCCCGCCUGCUCUAAACACACUAUAUGAGCAACAAACAGCAACACAAUACAGUCAACCAAUCCAGCCAAAUCCAAUCGCCAAUUUCCAACCUCCUCAACCUCAACAUCAAUCACCACAACAAACAGCGACGAACCAGAAGCCAAUGGAUCCACAACGUGCCCGCCUCAAUGCAUUACUUGCAUCUGGAGAAGGACAAGACACAUUUGGAAAUGUCGGAGACCUCCGCAUACCAGCACAGCACACGGCCCCGGGCACAUUCGUCAACUCGGCGGGCGGCGGCAUGGACCGACUACGCGCUGCCCAAACGGGAAAUAAUCCGUUUUUCCAGCAGCAAUUUACCGGGGCGGGCCCAUCGCAGACGGGAUUCCACCAGCAGCAGGUGCCGGCACAGACGGGACCUGCGGGUGGUUUUGCAGGAGCAUUUGGCCAGCAAAGCAGCAAUCCUUUUGGUGCGAGGCCGGGCCAGCAGCAGGGUGGGAGUUUGAUUGAUUUGUGA